UGGCCAGGGCUCGAGCUCUCUGCCAUGGCUGCUCCAUGUCAAUAGUAAUUGCUUCAUGUUUGCUGCUCCGGAAAAUUAUACCUAGCAAAAAUCCAGCCUAUGUAAUAUAAGCUAUGUUAUCUCCUUUUUCCUCUUUGCGGUAUUUGUUGGGACAGAACUACGGUGAGCAGCCCUGGGACAGGCGCUGGUGGUUCCACGCUGAAGGGGCACCUUAGCUGCUGUCCUUUUACAAGGUGCGUGCUUCCCAUCUUGCAGGAAUUGAGGAGUUAAUCUGGACCAUAAAAGACUGAUGUUUAUACAAAGUGUAAAGCCAGUGACAUUUACCAGCACUUACUGGCAUAGUUGAUUGGGAGUCAGUGGAGGGGGAUUUAUUUUUUUAGCUGCCUUUGUUCUGCAGGGUUGCUAAUAUUCCCAAAUGGAGUGUGCUUUUAUCAGCAGCAUCUGUGGUGCACAGUCUGACUCAUGUGCUCUUUGAGUGAGGAUGACAAAUGGAGAGUGGAGACAAACAACUCCCCGGGAUCAGCGUGCACCGAGAAGGGGAAGGAGAGAACGGUCAUCUCAGAAGGCAUUCCUGAUAAUGUCCUAAUCACUGCCCUCGUGUGGGGAAGUUUGUCCUUUUGCUUCUGAAGAAAUCUAUUUUUGACUUCUUUCGAAAGAGGAGGGAAAGCGAGCAUCUCUGACAAACAGUAUUCUUGCGUGCUGGGGCCUGGAGCCGAUGGCAGACAAUGUCAACAACUAACAACAUAGCGCAGGCCCGGAAGCUGGUGGAGCAGCUCCGCAUCGAAGCUGGCAUCGAGAGGAUCAAGGUCUCGAAAGCAUCUUCUGAGCUAAUGAAUUACUGCGAGCAACAUGCCAGGAACGACCCGCUGCUGGUUGGAGUGCCCGCUUCGGAGAAUCCUUUUAAGGACAAAAAGCCUUGUAUCAUCCUAUAGCUUUCCUCGCUCCGACACGUGCGAUCUCUCAGGCAGGGCACCGUUCUCCAUCAACUGAAACCAAGCUACAAACUUACAACUGCGCCGAGGGGUAAACACUAAAUGUUGGAUUCAAAUAGAACUUAAAUCUCAAAAAAAAAAAAAAAAAAAAAAAAAUUGCAAGUGGUUUAGGGAAGGAUGGCUGCUCCUGGGCAGGUGCCACACUGAGAGGGGUUAAAAUUUAAAAACAGGAAACAAAACAAAACAAAAAAAUCUGGUUUGAGGGGUGGGGGGAGUAUUUUUAAUAGCAACAUUCAAAAUUGGUACCGGGGUGGUGGAGGCAGCGGGGAGUUUAUUGCAUUUGCCAAUGGGAUGCAAGAUCUGAGUAGCAGGACCUCGCUGGUGGAAGCUUUGAACAAAUCUCUGAGCGGGUCUGAUCCAAUUAGUUUCCAAUUAGCGCAUCGUUGCAAGAAUUUGCUCUGUUUCUUGAGAGGGAACAAGGGAGACGAGUCCAGGUGAGGAGCUAUUUUGUACAAAACUAGUACAAAAAAGAAAGAAAAAAAAAAACACUAACCAAAACACGGCUCAAAAAUCGCUGUUGCAAAUGGAUGAACCGGGGCUGGGGGGGAGGAGGGUGGAGGCCGGGGGGUCCUUCCCUGUGCCGCAUGGCUCUGCUCAGACGAGGGGACGGCACUGCAGGGAAAUGCUCUCUGGCAUCAGAUCCGUAGGCCGAGGGAGUUUCCAUGAGCGGCGUUAGGAAGCCCGAGGCAUGGGAGAGGCGGGGGGUGAGCCCCUCCGAUGGCUUCUGGGGUUUCUCUGUGUUGUUACCACUGUUUUUCCCCAAAUGGGACUGUACCGGGGGCAGGGGGGAGGGAAGGGGCUCUCUGUUGUGCAGCAUCACAAGAGAAAUCUUUUAAAAUUGGCCUUUUGGAGAGUCUCAGUCCAAAACGCUAAAAUUGGCAUAUUUACCAGCAUUUCCCAUCUCCCUUUUUCUCACCAAGAGUGGGAAGUGGAAUUUGUUCCGCUAAACCCAGUUAAUUCGGGGAGAUGAGAGUAAGGCUGUAGAAUAAAUAGUUGGGUUCCCAUCCCUUGGAAAUCGUUAAAUGCGAUCACCGAUGGUAAAUGCACAUGCCGCAGAGCUGGGGAUAGCCUGGCGCAGAGCAGCCCGCGAGGAAGAGGGGACAAGCAGGCGAGCCCUCCUCCCGCUGCCUCCCACAGAGCCCUGUGGAGCGAUGGCAGCCACAGUGCCCGGCGGCUCUGUGCCAGGGCAGACGGAUGCUCGGGAGAAAGAUCAGAGCUCAGGGAUGUCCCACCACGUCUCCCCUCGUUGCCGGAGCUGCCGCCCCAGUGUGCUGGGUGUUCUGCAGCCGUUGGAGCCAUAGGAUCGCUCCCCGGGGUCCAGCUCUGCCGGGGAGAGGACGAGUCCGGAGCGUUGGGGUUAAGCGACCGAGCCCGGUCUGUGUCCGUGGGGCAGAGCCUGGGGCUCGGCGGCUCCUCAGAGGAUGGCAAAUGUUCCCCACGGUAGGCAGAGGCACGCUUCAGUUUCCUAACCGGCACACCGGUACCCAUUCCCGGUUAUCCUGAACACAAGCACCCUGUGUUGGUGUCGGAAUACAGGCGGUGCCAAGUUUUGGUUUUGGGAAGGAUUAAAAGAAAAAAAAUUCCCCUGACGUGAAAUCCUGGGACUUUUCCCAUUCCCCCAGUGCUUUGGAUUUGAUUUGAAAUGCCACGACCUCCUACUGAGAUGGAAACUGCACGCGGCUGACCCCUCCGUGGGAGAGGGAAGCUCUUCCCAUCACCGCGUCCGCUGGGAGCACCCAGGAGAGGGAGGGAGGCUGGAGGAGACCCUCGGGUUCAGCUUUUUGGGCUCACGCUUUCUGCAGUGGUUCAGGCGGAGGGAGGAGACCCUGCAGUCCAUACGGGAUGCUGGUCGGAGUUGCUGGUCUGGGCAGGGCACUGGGAGGCUUUGCUGACUGAUUUUUGGAGGCUGAUGGUGUUCCAAGGUGCGGGGAGCUGCACGGGGUGUUGCCGGAGGCCAGUUUGUGGUCCGGGCUGGUGCGAGAGGCAAAGGCAGGGAGAGGAGCAGAGCCUGCGGCCAUGUGGCUGGGACCCGGGGAAGGUGGGGGGACAUCUUCCAGGAGGAAGAGCUGCUCAGAGGGUCUUCCUCCUGCGAUGCAGGGAUUGGCUGUGGAGUGUCGGGCUGAGGACAGCCCGACCCUCUUCAGUGCCAACCUGGUACACAGCCGGCUGGGCAGUGCCUGCAGAGGCUGUGGUUGGCAGAGAUGCUCCAUUUAUACUUCUUGGUUGCAGGUAUCUCGCCAUCUCACUUUUUUUAAGUAUGCAAUCACUUGUCUUUUUAAACAAAGUUGGAAACCCCCCACAUUUUUAACACCGACGCAAACCACAGCACCUCCUGUGUACAUCUUGCAGCUGCUUUCCUGGGGUCCUUUGCUGAUGGGAGCGUUUCGAAUCUCCUGUCUCCCCCCUGCUGUGUCACGGGCUCCUGUCCCAGCACCAGCCUUGUGCCGGGUUUGCUGGAUCUCACCCCAUCCCGACACGAGCGCUGGCAAGGCGGAGCGAAGGGAAGUGGAUUUAUUUCCCCCUUCGGCCGAGCGUGUCCCCAGCCCUGCUCGCAGCCCAGCCCGGCACCACGCUCAGCAUCGUCGGCCAGCCGAAGGUGGCGCAGCAACAGGCAAUGCCUUUUUGUUGUUUUUUUGGUUUUAAAAUGUUACAUCCGACAUAACUUCAAGCUCUCGAAUGCCAAUUCUGUAGUGGGAAGCCAGCACAGUCCUGAGGUGCGCCUGGGUUUUGCCGCAGCAGGGCUUUCUCUUCUCCGUGAGGGAAUUUCCUCUGUCCUUAAUCUAGUACAGUUCCAGCCUUAUUUUUCUACUCCAGAUUGCUGAUUCUUCCUCUAUGUUAGAGACCAGUGCAUGGUGCUAUAGCCGGGGACCCAGGCGAGCGCCCGCGCUGCCUGCUUCGCACCGAGCGCGCAGACGAGGUUACUGCAGGAGCAGCGCGACGCUUCUCCACUUGGGACGCGGGCAGGGGCUGCGUCCCCCCGCACCUCGUCAUUGGCUCGCACUGCCCGAGGGGGCUCCCCGGCCCCCCUGCCCGGGCAGGUGCCAGCCCUGCCUGUGUCCUGCCCUCCCCAGCCCUCCGGGAUUGCCGCAGGCCGGCUCGGACUGCAGCACCGGACGGGACGCUCUGCCAGCGAAUGCCGCGGGAUGCUCUGCCAGCAAAGCCAGGCCAGGCAUCCCACAGUCCAGUGAAUGGGGGUCAGUCUGCUGCCUCCCCCCUCGUCCUUCCACCCGUGUGGGCCACGCGCGUGCCCAGUGUCUUGCCCGAGCCAUGCCGCGGUGCUGGUGGUGGGGCAAGGCGGCAGGUUUGUGUUCGGCAUGCGGCUGGAGCCGGGAGAAGGGGACAGGGAGCGUCUGCAUGGAGUCCUCUGGGAGCCUGGGGACAGGGCUGGGGGUCCCGGCACGGGGAUGGCGGUGGGCCACGGCAGUGGGCGGGGGCCCGCCAGCAGGUGCUGGUGUCUCUCGGUGGGUGACUUGUUAGGCGGAAAAAAAAUCCUCAACCUUUUAUUUUUUUUUAUUAUUAUUAUUAUUUUUUUCCUCGUCUGAGUAAAUCCGUGAUCAUACUGUAGAUGUUUUUGUAUAGCAUAAAUAUAAGUGCAAAUUACAGUAGUUGCUUGUACUUUGUUAGUGCAUUUGCCAAAAAAAAAAAAAAAAAAGAAAAAAAGAAAAGGAAAAGAAAAAAAAAAACCACUUUUCCAGGACUUUUUAAGUGCUCCAGGUGGGAAAGGGGGAGCGGGGAGCCGGGACCUGCCUUGUGCCGCUGGUGGGGCGUGGGGCCGGUGGUGCAGCAGCCCUGGCUCCACAAAAGCCUUUUUUUGGACGUAAACACAUGCCCAAAUCUGUCUGGCAUUUCUUUUUAGCAUGUGGUGAAGCCGUUGCCAAAAAUAGAAAGGAGAGAGACUGAAAAAGAAAAGGGAGAGAGGAAACGUUGCUUCUAUUUAAUAUUUUGGUCCAUUUUCCUUGUCCUCCCCUCCCUGUCUCAGGGACCGUCCCAGCGGUGCAGCCGGAGCCGGGAGACGCCCGGGGACCCACACGGCACCCGCCAACGCAGCCGGGAGACUGGCAGGCUCCGGCAAUUUGGUGCCGGUGCCCGUGUCGGUGCCAGAACCUCCCAUGCCCGGAGCUGAGCAGACCCCCCUUCCUCUGAGUACUAAAAAAAGUCAACUUUAUUUAACAAAGUAAAAAUAACGCCUUUACUUCAUUGAACAGAAGCCAUGCGUCUGAUACUUUGCGCUCUUUAUUUUUUUCUCUCUGGUCUAUUAUUAUUUGCCAAACUCUGAUCUUGUUGCCAAACGCAAAUCAAGGUUUGUAAAGACUGUACUUAGGAAGUAAUCAGUGUCUGUAACGUAGGCUCCUCAUAACGUCUGCAUUUUUGGAUCUCUGAUUUUUUAUUUCUGGUGUGCCAUAGACCAAUUUCUUGCACAGUGUUUAAUAUUUUGUGGAAUUGUUGUUAAGAAGUGAAUUGAUAACACAAUAAAAAGGCUCACUUUUCAUUUU